AUGAAGUCUGCCUUUUCCAUUGUCCUCUUUUCUUUGGUCAUCCUCGCCCUUGGUCUUGUGCAGCAGGCCGCUGCUUAUCCCCCUGGUCGUGAUUUCUGUAACUGCCACUGUUACCUCGGCAAGCAAGAAGGCCUUAGACGUUGUCAACAAUACAACAGCCCCGAAAUUUGUGACAAGCGAUUCCAACACAUCCCUCAGGAAUGCGGCAGCAACUGCAGUGAUGAAACUUGUGGCAUUGAUAACUUUGGAGGCUAUAACCGCUAUCAUGAUUGA